CUCUCAACUCUUUAUCCAUCCCAAGCUUGGUUCAGCAGCCUCACCCAUCGCCCCUCUGACAUUGCAGCUGCUGGGGCUCAUGGUCUCGAGCGCGGCAGCGGCAAACUCGUCGUUCGCGAAAAUUUCUAUUACACAUAGUGAACUGGCAAGACGAGGGCGAGCCGGCUGCGGUGAAACCUUGCUCGCAGCCUGCUCACAAUGGCUGACUACAGUCAUCACCACGAUCGAGCCGGAUUCAAUCCGCACUGCCAGGGGGCACGGAGAAAUUUCGACAAGAAACGGACCGAGCACGCAAUCGGCGACAACGAUGAAUUCACGAACACGCUUCCAAAACGGCCAAGGUUGGCUGGUACAGCUCUUGAUCAUCCCGGCUCCAGGGCAGUCAAGCUUUCGCACGAAGCCUACACUGUGGGCUGGGUAUGCGCGCUUCCCCUCGAGAUGGCCGCAGCAGAAGCCAUGUUAGACGACACGCACGAACCUCUGGCUAUGAACGCCAACGAUAGCAACGUGUAUACGUUCGGUCGCAUAGGCCCCCACAACAUUGUCAUCGCAUGCUUGCCGUCGGGACAGUACGGUACGAACAGCGCGGCGGUGGUAGCAAACAACAUGCGCUGGAGCUUCCCUUCGAUAUGUAUUGGGUUGAUGGUCGGCAUUGGUGGCGGAGUCCCUGGUAAGGUCGACAUACGCCUUGGGGACGUGGUUGUCAGUAAUCCGACUGGAGGCUCCUCGGGUGUGGUGCAAUACGACUUUGGAAAAGCUGUUCAUGACGGCCGGUUUGAGUAUACAGGCACCCUAAACAAACCCCCACGAUCGGUGCUGGCGGCGGUCUCUAAGCUGCGCGCCAACCACGAAACACGACCGAGCCAGAUUCCGGCAAUCCUAGCCGACAUGGGAUGGCAUAAUCCUUACAUGUCGGAUUACCUGCAUCAAAGCAUGGAUGAAGAUCGGUUGUUCCAGGCCUCGUACGAACAUACUGGCGGAGACACUUGCGAUGACUGCGACGUCUCCAAGGUAGUAGAACGUGAUCCGCGGCCAGCAGCAGCUACACCGAAAAUUCAUUAUGGGGUUAUUGCAUCUGGGAACCAGGUCAUGAAGUAUGCGCAGACAAGAGACCGUAUUGCUAAAGACCUGGGGAUCAUUUGCUUCGAGAUGGAGGCGGCUGGGUUGAUGGAUAACUUUCCGUGUCUAGUCGUACGCGGGAUCUGCGACUACUCGGACAGCCACAAAGCGAAACGGUGGCAGAGAUACGCGGCUGCGACGGCAGCAGCGUAUGCAAAGGAGCUUCUUCUUGUCACCCCACACGGGGAUGUCGACCCCACGGUACAAGAUGCAGUGCCUGACACUGAACACAGGGAGAAACUGCUAGAUUCCCUCAAAUUCAGUCAAAUCGACAAACGGCAAGCGAACAUCAAAGCCGCCCACGCAAGGACUUGCGAAUGGCUGGUUGAACAUCCUGACUAUGCAGCUUGGAUGGAUCGCCAGAAGUACUCUCAGCACCACGGCUUUCUUUGGAUGAGGGGAAAGCCUGGUGCUGGAAAAUCGACUCUCAUGAAGUUUGCCUUCAACCGAGCAAAAAGAAGCAAGGGCAAAAAAAAGCUCUUGAUCUCCUUCUUCUUCAACGCCAGAGGCGAAGUCCUAGAGAAAACGACUUUGGGCAUGUAUCGGUCCCUGCUGCAUCAGCUUCUGGGAAGUGUGCCUGACCUGCAGACGUUGCUUGACGACCCGGAUCUCAUACCCUUGGACCAGCUAGAUUCUGAGGGAUGGGGCCUCGAUCAACUCAGAAGUCUCUUCCGCAGCGCAGUCCGGAGACUAGGACAACGACAGUUGACUUGCUUCAUUGAUGCUCUUGACGAGUGUGAUGACAAUGAGGUCUCGGACAUGGUCAAAUGUUUUGAGGAUCUUGGGCAGUAUGCGGUGCAAAACGACAUCAGUUUCUACGUCUGCCUAUCCAGUCGCCAUUACCCUUAUAUCGAUAUCGUCUAUGGCCAAAAGCUCGUUCUGGAAGAUCAGUCUGGACACGGGAAAGACUUGGAGAAGUACGUGCGCAGCGAACUCCGGGCUGGCUCUGGACCAAAGAGUGAGCAGGUGAUUGCCGAGAUUCUGCGGAAAGCUUCUGGCGUUUUCAUGUGGGUUGUUCUGGUCGUCGAAAUCCUAAAUAAGGAGUACCGGAAAGGUCGGCUGUUCGCAGUAGAAAAGCGACUGAAGGAAAUACCCUCCGAGUUGAGCCAGCUGUUCCAGAACAUCCUAACGAGAGAUCAAGAGGAUAUGGAGGAUUUACUCCUCUGCAUCCAGUUGUUGCUCUACAGUCAAAGGCCGCUGAAGCGGGAAGAGUACUACUUCGCCAUAGUGUCGGGUCUAGAGCCUGGUACCCUAGGAGAAUGGGAUCCUGAGGAUAUCACUCACGAGUUCAUGGACCGCUUGAUUGUCAGUUCAUCCAAAGGGCUUGCCGAGACGACAAAGUCAGAUGACAGGACGGUUCAGUUCAUCCAUGAGUCAGUACGGGACUUCCUUCUCAAGGAUAACGGUCUGCGUACUCUUUGGCCCGACAUGGGAGACAACUUUGAAGGUCGAAGCCACGACAGGUUGAAGGAGUGUUGCCAUACGUACUCGACGCAGGUUAACAUCUCGGCUUACCUACCGGAAGACAAGUUUCUCUUGAAGACUUCCAAAGAAAAUGCCCAAAGUUCGAGGGAGAAAGUGGCCGAGCGGUUUCCGUUUCUGGAGUACGCAACGAAUCUGGUUUUACACCAUGCCGAAGCCGCGGCGGUCCACGGGAUCUCACAAGAAGAAUUCGUCAAGGGUUUUGCAGUGGACCCCUGGAUACAGAUGAACAACUUGUUUGAGAAAGCCAUGGUUCGCCGACACAAGCCUUCCUCUACAGGCCUUUUGUACAUUUUCGCAUCAAAAGGAUUGACGAACCUGGCCUUGACAGUACUUGAUGAGCACCCUAAAAUUGAUGUAGCCGGAGGUCGCUACACAUACCCACUGCACGCAGCUAUCAGCGAGGGCCACAAGAAUACAGCUAAUGCUCUACUUGAUUUCAUUGAAAAAGUCGCCAACGGAACGAAGCCAGAUUUAAGUGGCAGUGAAGAGCUGAGAGGCAGCUGGCGUUCUAUCAGUACGAUUCUCGACUUGAGGGACGAAAAGGGACAAACGGCACUUUAUCAUGCCGCUCAAAGCAAAGAAACUGAUAUCGCAGAAAGACUUCUCGAACUAGGCGCAAGCCCCACCUUCCAUAUGCAACGUCUUCCCGCAAGCCCGCUUGUCCGAGCUGUGGAGAACAGCAAUGUAAAAUUUAUGAGGCUCUAUCUGCACAAGCGGGCCAUAUUCAGAUCAAAUCUCUCAAGUGUUCGAGGUCUAUCAAGCCAGGCAUCAUCGGAAGAAGAACAUAACGGAGAAGAGAGGCUUCUAGGGCUCGAUGAUGGCACUGUUCCAUCGCCUGGGGAUGGCAAGACUCGGAUACUUGAGAGCAAGAAGUGCGAGGAAGACGUUUCGUGGGCUCUCACCGUUGCUGCGAGGACUGGAAACGAAGAGAUUGCAAGACUUCUGCUACAAUCUGGCGCGAACACCCAGACUGUCAACCCUAACGGAGGCACACCCUUGGACAUUGCUUGCAAGCAGCGAGGAGGCCGUUGUACAGUUAUUGCUGGAGAAUGGCGCCAAGCUUGAAACCGUCGACAAAACCCGCUCGACUCCUCUUCAGGAG